CCAUGGGCGGAGCGGAGAGGAGAAGAGGAGCUCAAGGCAAGCUGGACUGAAAGGAAAAAGGCCAGCCUCGCCACUCAUCACACUCACACCCAGUCGUCGUCGUCGGCGUCACACUCCCACAGUGAUAAAGAAAAGGGCGAAAAGCCUCGAGACGACAAGAAUCUCAAGCCACCACCUUCUCUUCUCUUCUCCUCGCCGCCGCUGCCGCCUUCCCUUCCGUUCCCUCCACCCGAGGGGAAAAAGCAAGCAAGAAAGCAACUUGUGCGGAGCAAGGCAAGGCAAGGUGACGCUUUCGUGUGCAGCGGAGUGUACCAGUACCGCCGCCGUUGGCUUCCGCCUCCGUUUUAUCCAAGAAUCAACGCGGAGGAGCGAGCAUGGCGGACGCGGAUGCGGCCGCGACGGUGCCGCCGCCGGGGGACGAGCCGGAGGCGAAGGGGAGGAGCAACUCCAUCCUGCUUCCCAUUCUCGGGAUACUGCUGGUGUACCUGCUGUACCGGUACCUCCGCCCGCGCCUCCGCGGGCUGCGGCUCGACCGGUUCACCUCGCGCCUCCCGGCGUGCCUCCGCCGGAGCAGGACGGGCAACACCAUGCUGCCGUACUUCCAGCCGAUCGCCGACCGCCUCGGCGCGCUGCAGCCGUACCUUGCACCCAUCGCCGACCGGCUUGGCGUGGGCGCGCAGAGCGGCGUCGGGCCCCCGUACGGCAGGGCGGACGCGCUCGUGAAAUUCCCCGGCGGGGAGGCGCUCUCGGUGGCCGCCAUCCUCGAGGCCCCGGGGGAGGUGGUGGCCAAGUCGUCGCACAGCACUCUGUACCGCGCCGCCAUGCGCUCCGGGGAGGCGGCGGUGCUGCUCCGGUUCGUGCGCCCCGCGUGCGCGCUCAACUCCGAGGAGGCCUCCGCCGCCGCGCGGCGGGUCGGCGCGGUGAGCCACCCGAACCUCGUGCCGCUCCGCGCGUUCUACGUCGGGCCGAGGGGGGAGAGGCUGCUUGUGCACCCCUUCUACGCCGCCGGCUCGCUCCGGCGAUUCUUGCAAGAGGGAAUUGUUGAGUCACAAAGAUGGAAUAUAAUUUGCAAGCUCUCUAUCAGUAUUGUCAAGGGACUGGAUUACCUGCAUACAGGACUGGAGAAACCAAUCAUUCACGGUAACCUCAAGACGAACAACAUUCUGCUCGAUGCUAAUUACGAGUGCAAGAUAUCAGACUUUGGCCUCUACCUUCUGCUGAAUCCUGCUGGUGCCCAAGAGAUGCUUGAAGCUUCAGCAGCUCAGGGUUACAAGGCACCUGAGCUGAUCAAGAUGAGGGAUGCCACUAGGGAGAGUGAUAUCUACAGCUUGGGAGUAGUUCUGCUUGAGAUGCUUGCUCAGAAGGAGUCAGCGAACGAUAUCACGCCAAACCCUCGCGACAUCCUAUUGCCUGUCUCGUUCAAAAAUUUGGUUCUUGAGAGGAAGAUUUCCGAUGCAUUCAGCUCCGAUCUCGUCAGGCAGAGCAAGAAGUCAGGGAAGGAAAAGAAUCUGAAUGCAUUCUUCGAGUUGGCAACAACUUGCUGUAGCCCUUCACCAUCAUUGAGACCCAACACGAAGUAUAUACUCAAAAAGCUCGAAGAGAUAGCAAAAUAAAUUAAAGUGGGCAGGUUUACCAGCUUGCUAUUUAAUCAGCUUUGCAUUAUAGCAGAGCAACAUAUACAGCAAUGAUGAGUGGAGCAUUUAGCCUGGCCAAGGCUAUGAACCUGCUGAAUUUGUGCUGGAUCAUAACCAAAGAGCUGGUAUAGCCUUGAGAUGAACUCAGAGGAGCUCGUCUGUACAUGCACGCUGGGGGUACUCUAGGAUCAUUGUUUUUUCUUGUAUAUUACCUGAAACCGAAAAAUGUAGAGCUGUUCAUAGAUCAGUGUACCCCUCAAGAACUGUAACACACUGUUACUGGAAUGUAUAUGUUGUACUUUAAUGCA